ACAAUGGUCCGUUUAUUCUAUGGUAGCUGACAGUAGUUCCGGGUCAAAUGUGACUCUCAGGCGGCGGCUGUAUGUUGCAAAUAUAACUUUAACACCAAAACAAGUAAAGAAGGUUGUUCAGUUUCAUAAAUCACGGGUGUGAAGGCAAAGAUGCCACCAUGACAAAGGGCAUCAGCAGUACCAGCCGCAGCUUGCCCAUCGUACUGGUGUGCCUAGGGGCCCUGUUGUUUGCCAAUUUCCUCAUCUACCUGUACGUAGACUUCUUAAACCAGAGCAGCGGACCCCAUGCAUUUCCACAUGGUGCCUGCCCACCUGGCCAAUUUAAGAUGGGCAUUAUGAAGAACUGCUCCCCCUGGCUGCAGUGCCAGAAAGUGCGUCAGGAGGUGCGCAAGCUGAAGAUGAUUGGCCAGGGGGCUGUCAAGCAGGUCUAUCUAUCGGAAUGGAAGGGCCACAAGGUGGCGCUGUCCCAGCUGUCAAACCAAGAGUAUCGUGAAGACUUCCUGCAUGGCCUGGCCAUGCUAAAAGCCCUGCAGGGACCGCAUGUGGUGCUGUUAGUGGGCUUCUGCCCAGAAGACCACACCUUGGUCACUGAGUACCAGCCUUUGGGUUCCUUGCUUAACCUGAAUGCAGUGCUGGGCCAGAAGAAGUACCAGACCAUGGACACCUGGCAGACACGGCUGCGCCUGGCCCUGGAGUACGUCUCUGCGCUGCGCUUCCUUCACAGCAGCCCUGUGGGCACCCGUGUCAUGUGUGACUCCAGCAGCCUGGAGAAGACGCUCUCCCAGUUUCUGCUCACCACUGACUUCCACUUGGUAGCCAAUGACCUGGAUGCUCUUCCGGAGGUUGACCGGCAGCGUGGUGUGCUGGUGAAGUGCGGCCGCCGGGAGCUGGGCGGUGACUUUGUGGCCCCUGAGCAGCUGUGGCCCCAUACUGAGAUCCAGCCCUUCUCUGACGAGCUCAUGCCCAGCUACGAUGAGAAGACGGACGUGUGGAAGAUCCCCGAUGUGGCGCGAUUCCUGCUGGGAAAGGUGCCGGGAGCCGACGUGGCCCAUUUUCAGCUCUUCGAGAUCCACAGCCGAUGCAAACACAAGGAUUCAACCCAACGGCCCUCUGCUAGAGACGUUCUAGGAGUUUAUAAGAUGGUAUACAGCAGCAUGAUGAAGGACAAUGCCAAACCAGGCUCUAGAGACAUGCUGUGACCCUUCCCUGGCAGGGCUUUUAAUAAAUAUCCAGUUUAUCA